AUUGUGAUCGGAAACCUCGAAAACGAAAAUAAGCAUUCGUAAUAUUUAGUAAUAGUUCAGAAUAUCGAGACUACUCUAAUAUCUCGUGAGUUUAUAGUCACGUGCGUAUCAAAAUGAAUAAAUUAGCGCUUGCAGUAGUACUGAGGCGUGCUUGCUGCCAAAUCCCGCAACAAACUUCUGUGCUGCUGCCACGGAGCUAUAGUUUUGAAAGCGAUCUCUCUUUGGGAAAGAUUUACCCUUCCAGCAGUUUACGAUUGUACACUCCAGCUCCACCCAAGCCUUCAGCAGAUAAAUUCUCUGGAUUUAUACCGUUAGAAAAAUUGCAAAUUACCUACAGUCGUAGCAGUGGCCCAGGAGGUCAGAAUGUAAAUACUGUCAGUACCAAAGUUGAUGUGCGGUUUCACCUAGAGUCGGCCGACUGGUUGUCCGAAUAUGUACGCAAGCGAUUGUCAGAAUUGCAAAAGAAUCGCAUUACCAAGGAAGGAUAUCUAGUCAUCAAAAGUGAACUAACACGUUCUCAACAAAUGAACAUGGCUGAUGUCUUGGAAAAAUUACGUACGUUUAUACGCGACGCUGAAAAACCACAGUCAGUCGAAUUAUCACCGGAGACAGUUGAAAAACUACGACGUCGUCAUGAAAGAGCGAUUCGAGAACGUUUAGCGAUAAAGAGAAACAGAUCUCAAACAAAACAGGACCGCCGUGACCCUAAUUUGUGAAACAUACGCUUCUGAAUGUCAAAUAAAUUGCAGUAGU